AGUUACGCUAGGUCAAUGUGUCCUUCCACACGUGUUGCUAGGAGCAGUACUGCCGGGUAGUUGCUCACGGUGUUCUGUGUAAGGUUAAAUCAAAUUAUUGUGUUGUUGCAUUGUUUUGUAUAUUUACCCAGUCAUGCUGAAGUCGGUAGUGCGCGUGAUUGGCGCCGCAGUUCGUCGUUCUUCAACUACAACACCCGCAGCGCGAGCUCUGCCGCUCAGCUGUCCGACACUGUGCUCUCCCAGUUCGGCCACAGCUCGGCCCUUCACCCGGUCUCUGUGGAUGUUCAGUAAUAACGGAGCUUCGUCAGGAUACAGACCCAAAUUAUUCAGCUCAAAAAUGUUGAGUCCGUCGGUGUCGUGUGGAUGUGGAGGGCUGCACACAGACGGUGACAAAGCGUUUGGCGACUUCCUGUCUGAUGAAAUCAAAGAAGAGAAGAAGAUCCAAAAAAACAAAGCGCUUCCCAAAAUGUCAGGUGGAUGGGAGCUGGAGAUGAACGGCACAGAGGCUAAACUCACCAAAAAAGUUUCUGGUGAAAAAAUUUCCGUCACAUUCAAUGUCAAUAACAGUAUUCCACCAAACUUUGAAGAGGAAGGGGAGCAAGGCCAGCAGCAGAAAUCAGCAGAGGAGGAGCCAGAAAUAGUGUCAACACCCAACUUUGUGGUUGAAGUAACUAAACAGGGUGCAAAACAUUCCCUCGUGUUUGACUGCCAUUUUCCUGAAGACGAGAUGAGUCAUGGUGAGGGUGAGGAGGAGAGCGACAUCUUUGCCAUUCGAGAAGUCAGUUUCCAGCCGGAGGGAGAUUCGGACUGGAAGGAGACGAGCUACACACUUAACACAGACUCUCUGGACUGGGCGCUGUAUGACCACCUGAUGGACUUCCUGGCCGACCGCGGUGUUGACAACACCUUCGCUGAUGAACUCAUGGAGCUGAGCACCGCUAUUGAGCAUCAAGAGUACAUCAGGUUCCUGGAAGAUCUCCAAGGCUUUGUAAAAUGUAACUAAUGUUAAACAUAAACCCAAUAGUCACUUUUCUACAGCGCACAGCCUGGCAAAGGUGGAUAAUGAUUUGGUCAUUAAUGCGCAUUUGGCGCCAUAAAGAGACUGAUGGAGACUUGUUAGUGUCUGAGCAGAUUAAAACUUGGCAACAAGCGUUUCCUCUUUGUUCAAAUGUGGCUUAUUUUUCUGUAACUUAACCAAAGUAGUUUAAAUUAAAUGUAUAAAAUGCCACAGUGACAAUGUGCAGAAACCAUUAGACUGCCCUGGAUGUUAGAUGCCAGUCGGGAUUUGUGAAAGGUCCAGUGAUUCUAAUGCGGGAGGUCACUUUUCAGUUGAAUAUUUGUGACAGCUUUCAUGUGGUACUUCAGGCUGGCAAGGAAACAAAGUUCAUCUUAAGUUGAGCUGGUUUGACUGGUAAACAGUGUUCAUCUGUGUGCUUUGAAGAUGGGAAGUCUGUCCAAUAAAAGUUUGAUACCAGAA